AGUAAGAGAAAAGGGUACAACAGAAAACCUAAAAUCCCCUAACCUAAGUAGUUGAGGAGUCAAGUCGGUGUUGCACCAACAUAAGUCUUAGCGUUACUUUUUCUAGGGUUCUAUUUCCCGAAUCUAAUCCCUCCUAUAAAUUCCUUCUAACUCUUCACUAUCAAAACCCUACAAAACCAAAAAAUUAGAAGUCUGUUUUUUUUUUUUUUUAAUCCUAGACUGACUUAUUUCAAUGGCUGAGCAACAACAAGAACAGCAGCAAUCAAGAUCCGCCGGCAAGGUACUUUGGUUCAAUGACCAAAAGGGUUUCGGCUUUAUUCGACCUGAUGAUGAGAGUGAAGAUCUCUUCGUCCAUCAAUCUUCAAUCAAAUCCGACGGCUACCGUAGCCUAGCCGAGGGCGAAUCCGUUGAGUUCACUGUCUCCCAAGGCAACGGCGGCAAGACCCAGGCUGUUGAUGUAACUGCAAUCGGUGGCUCUCCUAUCAGUAAAAAGGACCGUCGCGGUGGUGGUGGAGGAGGUUUUGGUGGAGGCUGGAGAGGCGGAAACGAUCGGAGGAACGGCAACGGAUGUUUUAACUGUGGGGAUUUGAAUCAUCUGGCUAGGGAUUGCAGUAAGAACGCUAGUAAUUACAACGAUAGCGAUAAUUACAGUAAUGUCCCCAAUGGCGGUGGUGGCGGCAGUUAUUGUUAUAAUUGUGGUGAGGCGGGGCAUUUUGCAAGGGAGUGUAGGAGAGAUAGUGGCGGGGUUGGUGGUGGUGGCUCUGGGAAGUGUUAUAACUGCGGGAAAUAUGGGCACUUUGCCAGAGACUGUAAUAGAAACAGCGGUGGUGGCGGUGGGAGCAGCGGAAGCUGCUUCGUGUGUGGAGGAUUUGGGCAUUUGGCGAGGGAUUGUGACAAUAAUAGGGAACUAAAAUGUUUUAAUUGCGGCGAGGCUGGCCAUUAUGCAAGGGAGUGUGCUAACUUUAGUGGAAAAAAAGAGUAAUAGUAAAUAUUUCUCUUUUUUUAUGUUUUGGGUUUUAUUAAUGUUGGAGGUUAUACAUAAGAAUGUUUUGGAUUAUUCAGUUAAUCCAGUUUUUCCGGAGAGAAAAUUUUCCAGUUUUGAUACAUAAUGAGCUGGUUCGGAUAAGAAUUUAGAUUUUUUUUUGUUGUUUUGGUUAUUGUCAAUUGUUGUUAGUGACUUUGUUCUAACUUUCAAUUGAGCAACUUUUAUUUUUCAAGUGUGAA